GCCCGCCAAGCAGCCCCUUGUGUGCUUUUCUUUGAUGAGUUGGACUCCAUUGCAAAGGCUCGAGGUGGGAAUAUCGGUGAUGGUGGUGGUGCUGCAGACCGUGUCAUUAACCAGAUCCUGACAGAGAUGGACGGCAUGUCCACCAAGAAAAACGUCUUCAUCAUCGGUGCCACCAACAGGCCAGACAUUAUUGAUCCAGCCAUCUUGCGCCCUGGCCGCUUGGAUCAACUCAUCUACAUUCCUCUGCCUGAUGAGAAGUCCCGGGUUGCUAUUCUUAAGGCCAACCUGAGGAAAUCGCCAGUUGCCAAGGAUAUAGACUGGGAUUUCCUAGCUAAAAUGACCAAUGGCUUUUCGGGGGCUGACCUGACAGAAAUUUGCCAGCGUGCCUGCAAACUGGCCAUCCGUGAGUCCAUUGAGAGUGAGAUCAGGCGAGAACGUGAGAGGCAGACCAACCCUUCUGCCAUGGAAGUGGAGGAGGAUGACCCAGUCCCUGAGAUACGCAGGGAUCACUUUGAGGAGGCCAUGCGCUUUGCUCGACGCUCUGUCAGUGACAACGACAUCAGGAAAUAUGAGAUGUUUGCACAGACUCUACAGCAGAGCCGUGGCUUUGGCAGCUUCAGGUUCCCAUCAGGUAACCAGGGUGGUGCUGGUCCGAGCCAAGGCACAGGAGGCGGCAGUGGGGGCAACGUGUACAGUGAAGACAACGAUGAUGAUCUCUAUGGUUAACUCGCUGUCCUCUGUGGACCAAACUCCAAACCAGGCCACGUUGAAUAGGGAAAAAAUCCAGUGUUCAAUGGACUCUUGGCUUCAUUCCUCAGUCAGAACAGUGUAGCUGCACUUCAGACUUUGUACAGGGAAUGUUUUCUGCAAACAAAAAUCCAGACUGGUGUUAAAUUGGGAGGCAGACAGUAAAUUAACAAGUAGGGGAACCAACUUAAUUUCUGAGAUAUUUCUGUUCUACUUUGUGGCAGAAUCAGCAGCUUUAGCAAAGAGUACAAUGCUAGCCUGUAUUAAAAAAAACCCACAUAAAUAAUAAAUUAAAAAAAAACCCACAA